GGUUUCCGGGACGGACGCCGCGUCCGACUCUCCGUGGUGCCCUGUAGGGCCUGAGAGCGUUCGCCGGUUUCCCGGCCUGCUUUCGCCGCUUCGGCUCCGCAGACAUGUCGGGGUUCAGCCCGGAACUUAUCGACUACCUGGAAGGGAAAAUCUCCUUUGAAGAAUUCGAAAGGCGGAGAGAAGAGAGAAAAACCCGGGAGAAGAAAAGUGUUCAGGAAAAAGGAAAAUCAUCCCCUGAAGAAAACCCAGAUGAUUCUGAAGUUCCAUCGUCAUCAGGAAUUGACUCUGCCAAAUCCCAGAACAAAGAUGCCAAUGAAGGAGAAACAUCAGAUGGAGUGAGUAAGUCAGUUCACAAAGUCUUUGCUUCCAUGCUUGGAGAGACUGAAGAUGAUGAAGAGGAAGAAGAGGAGGAGGAGGAAGAGGAGACACCAGAGCAACCUACUGCAGGAGAUGUAUUUGUGUUGGAGAUGGUUCUCAACCGUGAAACCAAAAAAAUGAUGAAAGAGAAGAGGCCUCGGAGUAAACUUCCCAGAGCCCUGAGAGGCCUCAUGGGUGAAGCCAAUAUUCGAUUUGCUCGAGGAGAACAUGAAGAGGCCAGAUUGAUGUGCAUGGAAAUCAUAAGACAAGCUCCUUUGGCUUAUGAGCCAUUCUCUACACUUGCCAUGAUAUACGAGGACCAAGGUGACAUGGAGAAAUCGUUGCAGUUUGAGUUGAUUGCUGCACAUUUAAAUCCCAGUGACACAGAAGAAUGGGUUAGGCUGGCAGAAAUGUCUCUGGAACAAGAUAACAUUAAGCAGGCUAUUUUUUGCUAUACAAAAGCUCUUAAAUGUGAACCUACUAAUGUCCGUUACCUGUGGGAGAGAUCAAGCCUUUAUGAACAGAUGGGUGAUCACAAAAUGGCCAUGGAUGGCUAUAGGCGUAUUUUAAAUCUUUUGUCUCCAUCUGAUGGAGAACGUUUUAUGCAGCUGGCUAGAGAUAUGGCAAAGAGUUACUAUGAAGCCAAUGAUAGUACUUCAGCUAUCAACAUAAUUGAAGAAGCCUUCUCAAAACACCAAGGCUUAGUAUCCAUGGAAGAUGUUAACAUAGCAGCUGAAUUAUAUAUUUCCAACAAGCAGUAUGACAAAGCUUUGGAGGUAAUUACAGAUUUUUCUGGAAUUAUCCUGGAAAAGGAAACUUUGGAAGAAGGCACCUCAGAAGAGAAUAAAGCUGCUGAGACCGUGACCUGCUCUAUACCUGACAGUGUGCCAAUAGACAUCACGGUGAAGCUGAUGGUCUGCCUGGUGCAUCUCAACAUCCUUGAGCCACUCAAUCCUCUCUUGACAACACUGGUGGAACAGAAUCCUGAAGAUAUGGGUGACCUCUAUCUUGAUGUUGCUGAAGCUUUUCUGGAUGUGGGUGAAUACAAUUCUGCCCUACCCCUGCUCAGCGCACUGGUUUGCUCUGAGAGGUACAACCUUGCAGUGGUUUGGCUUCGGCAUGCAGAGUGUUUGAAGGCCUUGGGCUACAUGGAGCGCGCUGCUGAAAGCUACAGUAAAGUGGUCGAUCUGGCCCCACUCCACCUGGAUGCAAGAAUUUCGCUUUCCACCCUUCAGCAGCAGCUGGGCCGCCCUGAGAAAGCUCUGGAGGCUCUGGAGCCAAUGUAUGACCCCGACACCCUAGCCCAGGAUGCAAAUGCUGCGCAGCAGGAGCUGAAGUUACUGCUCCAUCGUUCUACCCUGUUGUCUUCACAAGGCAAGAUGUAUGGCUAUCUGGACACCUUACUAACCAUGCUGGCCAUGCUUUUGAAGGUUGCGAUGAAUAGAGCUCAAGUGUGUUUGAUAUCCAGUUCCAAAUCUGGAGAAAGGCAUCUCUACCUCAUUAAAGUGUCAAGAGAUAAAAUUUCAGACAACAAUGAGCAAGAAACAUCAAAUUAUGAUGCAAAAGCAAUAUUUGCUGUGCUCACAAGCGUCUUGGCAAAAGAUGACUGGUGGAACCUUCUCUUGAAGGCCAUAUACACCUUGAGUGAUUUAUCCCGAUUCCAAGAAGCUGAAUUGCUUGUAGAUUCUUCCCUGGAAUAUUAUUCAUUUUAUGACGACAGACAAAAACGCAAAGAGCUAGAAUACUUCGGUCUCUCUGCUGCAAUUCUGGACAAAAAUUUCAGAAAGGCAUAUGACUAUAUCAGGGUGAUGGUGAUGGAGAAUGUCAAUAAGCCCCAACUGUGGAAUAUUUUCAAUCAAGUUACCAUGCACUCCCAAGACGUAAGACAUCAUCGCUUCUGUCUCCGGCUGAUGCUGAAAAACCCAGAUAAUCAUGCUCUGUGCGUUUUAAAUGGACACAAUGCAUUUGUGUCUGGCAGUUUCAAGCAUGCCCUUGGGCAGUAUGUACAAGCCUUCCGUGCCUCUCCCAACGAGCCUCUCUACAACCUCUGCAUAGGCCUGACCUUUAUCCACAUGGCGUCUCAGAAGUAUGUGCUGAAGAGACAUGCUCUCACUGUGCAGGGCUUUUCCUUCCUUAAUCGCUACCUCAGCAUACGUGGGCCUUGCCAGGAGUCCUUCUAUAAUCUGGGCCGCGGCCUUCAUCAGCUGGGACUGACUCACCUUGCGAUCCACUAUUACCAGAAAGCUCUGGCGCUCCCUCCACUGGUGGGAGAGGGUAUCGAAGUUGACCAGUUAGACUUACGAAGAGAUAUUGCCUACAACAUGUCUCUCAUCUAUCAGAGCAGCGGCAACACUGCAAUGGCUCAAAAGCUGUUGUAUACCUAUUGUGUCAUAUAACAGUGUAACUGAGAAAGGCACUGCGAGGACCCGUGUUUUCUGUGAGACCUUGUAUUCUUGAUGAUGAAAAUGGUACUGCCAUCACUGCUAGCUGCCAUUACAGCCGCAGCUUUGAAGCAGGAGGUGUAGCUCAGCCAGACUGCCUGCCUGCUUCAUCUGCACAGGCCGCAGAUUCAAGCCACAAGCCUUUGGAACACCUAAAUACUGCUUUUGUCUCUGGACUGGAUGCAGAGUUACCAUUCCUAUGAGAAUGUACAUAUUAUCGUUAUUUUUCUUUAGCAUUCUACAGUAAAAUUAUCCCUAACACCGAAAUGGACACUAUUAGCUGCUGAGUCAGCUGCAGCUGGACAUACUAUUCUGCAGUAAUCAUGUCUGCUGGUCUGCUCUGUACCAGGUGUUUGACAGGUGCAGGUAACUCCGAAGACAGGGAGAUGUGGUUUGUCCUGAAGGCAUUACGGAGUACACUGCUGAGACGUCACCACUGAAUACAGUUACUUAUGUAAUCUGUUUUCUUGUGCUAUAGGUUGAACGUGGGGCCUUGUGCCGUGCCGUGCGAAGUGCUCUACCACUGAGCUACAUCCUUAGCCUACACAGUUCCUAAUGUACAGUAUGAACAUAUUUCUUUGAAAGGAACAUUUUCUGCCUUUCUAUAUAGCACCCUUUCUCAGAGCUAUUACUGUCCUAUAAGGAAGUGUCCAAAUACACAGCAAAUGAGGUUGGACUCUUACAGUAAUGUAAUUACUUACAGUCAGCACCUAACAGAAUUAAGAUGGUUUUAUUGUGGGAAGACAGUUGAUUCAUUUCACUUUCAUCUGUCAGUAUGUUAAUUUCAGGGUGUAAGCCCUGGAACCAGGCUUAAUUCAAAGCACAAUGCUUCAAUGCAAAACAGUUGAUACAUUUGGCUUCCUAGCUUAGAAAGGGGACACGCAUGUUCAGUAACACUCAUGUUUUCCAGUUCAGGUACUAAUGACCAGAGUACACAGACUGGGGAGGUCAGAUAUACAGAAUAAAGUAUUGAUAAUGCUUAAAGAUAUUUUACUUCAUUACAUCUUCUUGAAACUCAGAUAAAAAACAUUUGCUAGAUGUAUUGUUUCUUUAAUAGAGUUUUGUCUGUUUCUUUGAGACAGGGUUUCUCUGUGUAAUAGAGCCCUGGCUGUCAUGGACUCUUGUAGUCCAGGCUGGACUUGAACUCGCAGAGAUCCACCUUCCUCAGUGUCCCGAGUGCUGGGAUUAAAGGCUGUGCUACCUUGCCUGUUUCGAUAAGAGUUUUUUUCCUGGAAAAUAAAUGCUAUAAUGUUUGAUUGAUUCUAAGACCAAUCCAGUUGUGAAAGGAAACAAAUGUGAGACUGAGGAUCUAAUACAAUGGAGACUUUUGAGGCAUUCCUACCUCUCUUUGUACUCUAUACACAACUUUCCAACUGAGAAGCAGAAUUUGUAAGUAGUUAGUAAAUGCAUCUUGUAUUCUGUAUGUGCCUAUAUAAAAAUAAAUCCUAUUUUUAUAAUUGA